AUGUCCUAUGAUCGGUAUUUAGCAAUAUGUAAACCUCUGCAUUAUACAAUGAUGAUGAAUGGUAGAUUUUGCUUACUUCUCAUUACUGGCUCCUGGAUAAUCUGCUUUGUAAUUAAUUCCAUAAUUAUAUUUUUGCUGUCCCAUUUGAUUUUCUGUGGCCCCAAUGAAAUUGACCAUUUCUUUUGUGAUUUGACCCCCUUGAUAAACAUUUCCUGCAGUGACACUGAACUGAUAGAACUUCUGGCUUUCAUACUCUCCUCUCUAAUAGCACUGGGCCCUUUUCUAUUAACCCUGACUUCCUACAUGUGCAUCAUUGUCACUAUUGUGAGAAUCCCUUCAGCAUCCAGGAGGCACAAGGCAUUUUCCACCUGCUCCUCUCACCUUAUUGUGGUGACCAUCUUCUAUGGGACCCUGAUUCUUGUUUAUCUGUUACCCAAAACCCACACACUGAGAGACCUAAAUAAACUGUUCUCGUUCUUCUACACUGUCCUGACUCCCUUGGCCAAUCCACUCAUCUACAGCCUGAGAAACAAGGAAGUUAGCAAGGCUUUAGGCAAAGGUGUUAGAGAAUUUACUGAUUUCUUUGGAAGGCAGACACUCCAUUACUGCUUUAGAUUAAAAUAA